AUGGCUGGUACGAACCUUCUGUCAUCGCAGAAGACGCUUCCAAUUGGAGAGCAAGAGUAUACGCCGUCCCCCUCUGCGGCGAGGAUGAUUGCACCGGCUAGGUGA